AUGACUUCCAAGCUCGCAGUUCCGACGAGUUGACCUUGGCGAAGGGCGACCGUGUUGAGCUACUCGAGCGCGACGAUGAAUUCGGAGACGGGUGGUUCUUGGGCAAGCACACGGUCAAUGGGAACACUGGCCUGUUUCCAGAGGGUAGUAUACACAAGACCCGCGCCGAAGGCCGCUGCAAACCACCAGGCCUCCUCACUACCGAAGCAAAACCCCAAACCUGUGGCAGAGCACUCCGGCGAGCAGACGCCUCCCGCCGCCGGUCCGUCUUCGGAGGAGAACAAAACGGCACCCGUUUCCAAUGCGGAACCGGUCGCAACCGCCAUACCAACCAGUUCUUUCCAGUCGACAACUUCCACUUCUAGCCUGAACCCCGCUUCGGCAGCAAGCGUGCCAGGGUCUGGUUUCGGCAGCACGGCACGGCCGAGCACGAGCGCGGAUAGUCAUGUCUUGCACGAGACGCUCAACGUUAUCAAUGAACACAUGACGGAUUUCAACCUCCCACGAGGUAACGCGAGUGUCCGGAACGUCAACGACUCCGGCAGCGAGUACAGCUCUCACCUGGACCAUAGGAUCUCGUACAUCCAGGGUGAAGAGACAGACGAGGAGGAGGAGACGACUUAUACCCGCCAGGAGGUUGAGUCGUGGAACGCCGACCAGGUCGCCGAAUACCUGUUCACCGUUGGCGUCGAGAAGCACCACUGCGAGGUCUUCAGGGACCAGGAAAUUACGGGAGAGGUUCUCUUGGGGAUGGACCAGACGUCGCUGUUCAUUAAAGCACUCGACCUGGGAUCCGUCGGGCGGAGGUUGAAGACGUGGCAGAAGAUCAAGCAGCUCCAGGAUGAGGUGAAUGGACAGGCGCUCGGCACCGGCAGGAACACGCGGAAUUACGGAAGCGAUGCAGGCUCGGAUGCAGGAAAGGCUCGCAGCAGGACAAAUACGAUCACGAGCUCGGGUCAGCGGUAUGCGCAUCUCAACGAAAAUUCUCUCUCGGGCAAGGCGGGGGGUAGGCGCCAAUCGCAGACCCCGAAGCUGGAACCUUACGAACCCGUGUCGCCCGUCUCGCCCGUUGCGGAGAGCCCGGGCCGCACGUACCACGACAAACGGCCCUCUGCUGCAUCUGUCCGAGAUUUGCACCACUCGCGCCGUCACUCCUCGACCGACUUCCGCAUGCCCGGCGCAACCAUGAAUUCUCCGGUACCUCCCAAGAUGUCUGCGAGCAGCAGCACGUUUUCGCGACAGGAAGCCUCGCAUAAGAAGAAGCCAUCCUUCGACCGGAAUUGGACCCUGGGAAGUGCCACAAAGUACCCGCCGCGACCCUUGUCGUCUGCGGGGCACCACGACGAAGUGGCCGACCAGCCUGCCGCGCUCCAAGAUUCUGCCGUCGAGAUGGACCGCGGCUAUUUCUCGGGCACCGACGCCGACGGCCGCCGGCGCAACGUGUUGAAGAAGCGCGAUAGCGCGCAAUCCUCGCCGAAGUCGAGCUAUGCCGAGGAGCAGCGGGUGCGGAGCGGCACGGCCCUGUCGCGGCACUCGAGACUCGGGAGCGUGGAAUCGGUGCGCGACUCGUCGUCGCUCUCACCCGCGGCGCAAAAGUACUACGGCGUGUCGUCCAAGCGCACCCCGUCCACGGGCACCACGGACUCGCUUCGCCACAUAGCAGGGUCGAAGGAAUCGAUGAACCCGACCGUCACCAGGUUGGACAGCAAUGCGUCCAACCAUUCCCAGUCAUCACCAAAGUCCGCUAUCAAGCGGUUGAGCCAAGUCAACCAUCCCGACUUCAACGUGAACAUGAUGCUGCGAAGCGGGCUGGGCGGGUUGCGAGCAGCCUCGGAUGCCAUUACGGGCGGCGAACGGGCGAAGAUGUCGCCGGUCGAGUCGCCCCUCAAAGAAUCGCCCAUGUACUCGCCGGCCCGAACCGGGUCUAGCACGCCUUCGGGGGCCCGGAGUUUCGAACUCGACUCGCCCGACACCAAGAGUCCGAGCACGACGACAACGGCAACGAGCCGGACCAGCCGCAAGAAGACGAAGCAGGAGACCAGCGCAUACACGCGCGGUCUGCAGAAGAUCACCCCCCAGGAGGCGAUGAAGGACGCCGACUACAGCGGCUGGAUGAAGAAGAGGAGCGCCAACCUCAUGACCACGUGGAAGCCCCGACUCUUUGUUCUCAAGGGUAGGCGCCUCGCAUACUACUAUUCGGAAGACGACGAGCAGGAGCGGGGUCUCAUCGACAUCUCGUUCCACCGCGUCCUCCCGGCCGACAAUGAGCGGCUGACCGGACUCCACGCUACCCUCACGGGAGUCUCGAGCUCGCCCGCCGUGCCAGCCGGGAGCCACAUAACGACGUCCGCGGCCGCCGACGCGGAGCGUGAUCCCGCCGAAGAAUCCGAUUCCAUCUUCAUCUUCAAGCUCGUUCCGCCCCGCGCCGGGCUCUCGCGCGCGGUCAACUUCACGAAGCCGACGGUUCACUACUUCGCGGUGCCCAACGUCAAGCAGGGGCGGUUGUGGAUGGCCGCGCUGAUGAAGGCGACUAUCGACCGCGACGACACGCAACCGAUCACGUCGACGUACCAGCAAAAGACCAUUUCGCUAGCAAAGGCCAGGCAGAUGCGCCACCGGCCGCCGGCGCUCAUGAACCUCGAGGAGAACGCCGACGAGAAGAACGAGAAGAAGGGCGCGACCGGUGACGACGAUGGCGGCCUCGGCAUCUACAGCGGGCUCGACGUCGAUAGCGCCGUCGCCCGGCUCGAGAAGUUUGGGCUGCAUCAGCAAUCCGACAGUGCCGGGGCAAGAGGGUUUGGAGCUGGAACGGAGAAGGAUACGUCGCUGUUGCCCCAGAGCGCCUAGGCGGGUUCCGGGCUCAGCGCUAUCUGAGCCGGACCUGAACCAAACCAAGCUUCUUCUUUACUCACACGGAAGGCUGUCUUUGAUUUCCUUUGUGCCAGCGCAUGCUCUUGCCUAGAAAUACCCCGUUGAUUAUCCUUUUUUUUUCCCGGUCAAAUCUGCCGGCCGACGGUGCUUUUUUUUUCAGUUCCCUUGCACACACAC